AUGAGCCGAAACACACCCUCGGCCCUGCUGGCCGCAUUCCAGGGCUUGAGGAUUGCUCCUGCGACGACAUUGCGGCCCUCGAUAAUCCCGACUUCCUUGCGAGCUCUCCCUGCUCUUCCGACAAUUCGCAAUGCGAGGCCGUUCUCAUCAACAGUGCCCAAGCUGUCAUGGCUCGAGCCGCAGCUGGACCGGAGGAAGAAGAAGAUGAAGGGAAGGUGUCGUGUUCCCACUGGAGGAUCUAUGAAGGGGACAACUGUGGUAUGGGGCGACUAUGGGCUCCGAAUGAAAGAUCACGAUAGGAGGGUCAGCGCGAAACACUUGAAGAUGGCAGAGAACGUUAUCAAGCUCCGCCUUCGUGGUCAGAAAUAUCGACUUUACAAGAGAGUCAACUGCAACAUUGGCGUUUUCACUAGCGGAAACGAGCACCGUAUGGGUAAAGGAAAGGGCUCCUUUGACCACUGGGCGGCGCGUAUCUCUGUCAGUCACGUCAUCUUUGAGCUCAGGGGAGUGCUGCACGAGCAGGUCAUUCGCGAUGCUCUGAGGUUGGCCGCAACAAAAAUACCAGGCCAGUGUGAAAUUAUCAAAAAGGGCGAUCCUCCCUGCGUUGGCAUAACCAAGAUGGAAAACGGAUUGACCUUGGAGGAUUUGAAGAGGCCAUGGAUGAAGGCACGCCAGGAGCGCCUUGGAACACUGGAUGUCACGCCGCAGUCCUCAGCCGUGACGAAUGCCCCGAACUCAACCUCACCAGCACAGUAG